AUGCCAUUGGGGUACGCAAAAAUCGCGCUGGGCUGCCGUGCCUUCGACGCUGCGCCGAGCUACCGCCCCAGCUCGGGCUACAACUCGCAGCACUGGACCACCAACGCGGGCCAGCCAGUGUGGAACAACAACUCCUCGCUGACGGUGGGCGCCCGGGGGCCCAUCCUGCUGGAGGACUACCACCUGCUGGAGAAGCUCGCACAGUUCGACCGCGAGAGGAUCCCGGAGCGGGUGGUGCAUGCGAGGGGCGCAGCAGCCAAAGGAUUUUUCGAGGUCACGCAUGACAUCUCUCAUCUCACAUGUGCCGACUUUCUUCGAGCGCCCGGAGUGCAGACACCUGUCAUCGUUCGCUUCUCGACUGUGAUUCACGAGCGGGGCUCACCAGAGACUAUCCGCGACCCAAGAGGGUUUGCAGUAAAGUUCUACACGCGCGAGGGGAACUUCGACCUUGUGGGCAACAACUUCCCGGUGUUUUUUAUCCGCGAUGGCAUCAAGUUCCCUGACAUGGUCCAUGCUCUGAAGCCCAACCCAAGGUCCCACAUACAGGAGAAUUGGCGUAUUAUGGACUUCUUUUCGCACCACCCUGAGAGCCUGCACAUGUUCACAUUCCUGAACGAUGAUGUUGGUAUCCCUCUCAACUACCGCCACAUGGAGGGUUUUGGCGUCCACACAUUCAAGCUCAUGAGCCGAGAGGGAAAGGACACAUAUGUCAAGUUCCAUUGGAAGCCAUUGUGCGGUGUGAAGUGUCUGAUGGACGACGAGGCAGUGGUGGUGGGCGGCAAGAACCACAGCCACGCCAGUCAGGACCUGUACGACUCCAUCGCGGCGGGCGACUACCCGGAGUGGCAGCUGCUGGUGCAGCUCAUGAACCCUGCCGAUGAGGACAAGUUUGACUUCGACCCGCUGGACGUCACGAAGACGUGGCCCGAGGAUCUGUUCCCGCUGCAGCCCGUGGGCCGGCUGGUCCUCAACCGCAACGUGGACAACUUCUUCAACGAGAACGAGCAGCUGGCGUUCUGCCCCGCCCUCGUGGUGCCCGGCAUAGCGCACUCCGACGACAAGCUGCUGCAGACGCGCAUCUUCAGCUACGCCGACACGCAGCGCCACCGCCUGGGCCCCAACUACCUCAUGCUGCCUGCCAACGCGCCACAGUGCGUCCAUCACAACAACCACCACGACGGGUUCAUGAACUUCAUGAAGCGCGACGAGGAGGUCAACUACUUCCCAUCCAGGUCCGACCCGGUGCGCCACGCCGACCCGUACCCCAUGGUGCGCCAGAGCCUCAGCGGCCGGCGCGAGAAGGCCAUCAUCCCCAAGGAGAACAACUUCGCGCAGCCGGGUGAGCGCUACCGCUCUUGGGACCCCGCCCGCCGGGAGCGCUUCCUGCAGCGCAUGGCCGACAUGCUGCUGGAUCCGCGGUGCACCAGGGAGGUGCGCCGCGUGUGGCUGGGCUACUGGUCGCAGUGCGACGUGCAGCUGGGACAGAAACUCGCCGCCCGGCUGCAGGCGCAGGCGGCCCUGUGA